CUUGGCGCACGCACAGCUCGAGAAAAAAAGUUCUGACAUACAACUUCUGACCAUAGCGAACCUAGAGAGGAGAAAAUCUCCAAAACUUUGGAUUCGCCUCCCACGCCUUCCCACUUGCCCUCAAAACCCAUGCGGCCGGCAUCCCCAAGAAGCCGCCUUCAUUUGAAAAUCUACAAUCACUCGUUGCUUUAAUUCUCACCAUAAACACUCUCCCCGCCCUCGAGCACUUCUUUCAACCCCGCGAUCCUCGAUUGAAACCCAAUCCAUAUCCGCUGCACGAAAAUGCUUCGUGCCACCACCACCCGGAUCUCCCAAUAUACCACCGCUCAGAGACACAAUAUCCGGCCGUCGAGCUCCUCGCCCACACGUUCCGUCCUCCUCCCGUUCCUGUAUCCAUCGUCUUGCCACACACCAGCAUGGCUCCGGCAUGCCUCGACGUCGAAACCCGCCGCCGCCCCAGCAGGCACCGCCGCCCCGGCAGCGACGCAACCCAAUCCCGCGAGUCGAGACCGAGCAUACUCCACACACUCGAGCAUACCAAUCCCGGAUGGAAUCCCGUCCAUUGAGGGUGUAUACAUGCGGACCGGGACUGGGACUGGGAGCGGCCCCAUGAGCCCGCCCGGAUUCAUUCCCGGACGAUCGACGGAUGCUCCCUCGCUGGUGAUCGUCGACACGCCGCAGCUACCGAUCACCGCGCGCAGAAAGCCUCGGAUCAUUCAGGGUGUCUCGGAGGACAAGCAUGAGGCGCUGGCAACCUUCGAGGCCUGCGUCAAGGUCGGACGUAUCGCUAGAGCGCAAUUGAUCCUAAACAUGAUUACCAAUGUCCUGGACCGCGAUUCGCCUCUGAUGGUCGGCGCGCAAAAUACUUUCUUGAGAGCUCUGCUGCAGAGAGCGCUGGCGGAGAAUAAUCAAGACAGUUUGCGAGUGUUUUUUGCCUGGUAUGAGGACACGAUGAAGCGCGACUUGGAGAUUCUCGGGGAUUCUUCGACGUAUGCAUUGUUGCUGGAGGGAAGUUUGGCUGUGAAGGAACGUACACUGAGCCAGCGGUAUAUCCGGCAGUACGUAAAUCACUGGAAAGAACGUGGGAUGGCCAUCAAGGAUGUGUUCGCGCAGCCGAUUUUGACGGAUGAGCAAGUCAUCGCUGUUGCACAGUCCUGCGGCCUAGACCCGGAAGAACUCUCCGAUAAACACAAAGAACUCUUCGUCAAAGACGAACCGCUUACAGGUCCAAGUAUCGCAGAGAUCCCGGAGGUACAUUCAUCGAAUGUUAAGGGAAGCAGUUUGCAAGCGAUCAAGCAGUCGCUCGUGUCUCUGACCGACCCCGAUGCAAUGCCCAACCGCCGUCCGUUCGGCGAAGACGAAAUGGCCUUCUUCAUCGCCAGACAGAAGGUACUAGAGGAACAUGCAAUCCAGAGUGCUCAAGAGCGAUGGAGGAAGGAUCACGAGGAGCUCGUUGCCAGGGGAGCGGCCCCGCUGAGAGGCGACGUCGGUGCUCUCUUGUGGACCUGGCAUCAGUCUAUGGUUCCGUUGAUCAAACAGGAGCUGCAACGAGUUAGCGAAGCCGAGGAGGACCCGACAUAUCAAAGUGCUUCCGAUCGCUGCUUGUACGGACCAUUUCUGCGGUUGAUGGCGCCCGAGAAGGUCGCGGCGGUUGUGGUGUUGGAGAUGAUGAGGAUGCAGAACUCGCAGCUGAGCGGUGAGGGAACGAAGUCUGCGUUCGCGGUCAUGGCCAUCGGCGGUAUGCUAGAGCAGGAAUACUAUGCUCAGGAGUUAGCCAACAAGAAGAACCGAGAUAUUUUCGGCGUGCUGGAGAAGGACGGCUUGAAGGAACUUUUCAACGACCGGAUUGCGUUCCGACAGCGUGUCCAGAGAGCUCGACAGAAGAUGCAGGAACAACCUAAAGAUACCUCCUCUGUGAUGUUGGAGUGGCCUCCGGCCGUAAGGGCAAAGCUCGGAGCCGUUUUGAUCUCGAUGUUGCUUCAUUGCGCCAAAAUACCCGUCACCAAGAAGAACCAGCAGGGAGCGAAAGUAACCCAGUACCAGCCGGCAUACCAGCACGCCUACGAGUACGUUCGGGGAAGGCGAUUGGGCGUCAUCAAGUUGCACCCGGAUCUUGUGGCAAAGCUAGGUGCCGAGCCACUUCAAGGAAGUGCAUUGGGACGGAAUCUUCCCAUGCUUGUUCCCCCGCUUCCAUGGCUGGCAUGGAACGACGGUGGAUACUACUACUCCCGCUCGCGAGUCGUUAGAACAAAGCAGAGUAAAGAGCAGGAUAUCUAUGUUCAGGCGGCAUCAAAUCGUGGUGACCUAGACCAACUGUUCGAGGGAUUGGAUGUUCUCGGCCGGACCGCUUGGCAGGUCAACAAGAGGGUGUUCGACGUAAUCCUGGAGGUCUGGAACUCGGGCAAGGCAUUGGCCGAUAUUCCUCCUAAGGAACUUACAUCCGAAAUCCCACCGGAGCCUCAGCCAAGUAAUGAUCCGAAAGUCCGAGUCGAAUGGGUAAAGCUUGUGCGCGAGGCCAAAAACGCCGAGAAGAACAACCACUCGCAGAGAUGUACCAUCAACCUGAAGUUGGAAAUUGCUCGUUCUUUCCUGUUUGAGAAAUUCUACUUCCCUCACAGUGUCGAUUUCCGAGGCCGAGCAUACCCCAUUCCGCCGAACUUGAACCAUAUCGGUGACGAUUUGUCCCGUGGAAUUCUCAUGUUCGCGGAAGGUAAGGAGCUCGGCGAGAGGGGCCUCAGGUGGCUCAAGAUCCAUUGUGCCAACUUGGCUGGUUACGACAAGGCCAGUUUCGCCGAGCGUGAGAAGUUCAUUGACGAACAUCUCGAGGAUGUAUUCGACAGUGCGGACAACCCCACAAAAGGCAAUAGAUGGUGGCUUAACGCAGAAGACCCAUGGCAGUGUCUCGCCACUUGUAUCUCCAUCACGGAAGCACUGAGAAGUCCUGACCCAACCAAAUACAAGUGCCAGACUGUCGUCGCCCAGGAUGGUACCUGCAAUGGACUGCAGCAUUAUGCAGCGCUCGGUGGUGAUAGGGAGGGUGCAAAGCAGGUCAACUUGGAACCGAGUGACAGACCUCAAGACGUCUAUACCGGUGUCGCGGAGCUGGUCAAGGCACAGGUCGCGAAGGACAUGGCCUUGGGUGACCCCAUCGCCACACUCCUCCACGGACACAUCACUAGGAAGGUCGUCAAGCAGUCGGUCAUGACCAACGUCUACGGUGUCACCUUUGUUGGUGCUCGUGAGCAGAUCCGGAAACAGUUGGACAACGUUGAUGCGAUCCCACGUGACGAUAAGCACCAAUGCGCUUCGUACGUUACUCGGCUCGUCUUCGAUGGUAUCAAGGAGGUGUUCACGGGUGCUACCAAGAUUCAGCAUUGGCUCGCGUUGACCGCCCGUAUGAUUUCUCGGUCCGUCAGUCCAUCGCAAUACAACCACCUCGAAGAUCACGAGAACGGGCUGCUACAGGACUCCACCAACUCUCAUAUCCGGCGCAAGGGCAAGGUCGAAUUCAUGACUUCAGUCGUGUGGACAACUCCCCUCAAAAUGCCAGUCGUGCAGCCGUACCGCCACGAAACCAGCGUAGUAGUCCAAACCAACCUGCAGAAGAUCUACAUCUCGGACCCGGCAGCAAUCGACCAAGUCAACUCCCGAAAGCAAAUGACCGCCUUCCCACCGAACUUCAUCCACUCCCUCGACGCAACCCACAUGCUGAUGAGUGCCAUGGAGUGCGCGACGAACGGCAUCACCUUCGCCGCUGUCCACGACUCCUUCUGGACGCACCCCAGCGACGUCGACGGCCUUAACCGCAUCCUUCGCGAUGCAUUCAUCGAUCUCCACUCUGUUGAUAUCAUGCAGAAGCUCAAGCAAGAGUUUGAGACGCGAUACAAGGGGUACAAGUAUCUCGUCAGCAUCCCGGCACACACUGAAACCGCUGCGCUCAUCAAGGCUGCACGGAAGAAGUACGCCACUCAGGUCCUGGGCAGUUCUGGCCUCACGGUAGUCGAAGACCUGCAGUGGGAGCUGAAGCGCGAUCAACUCCUUGCCUCCAACGAUCCCGACGAGGUCGAAGAGGGUCGGAACAUGAUCACACCCUCCGAGCUUCUCAACCGCGCCGGAGGUGCUGCCAAGGUCGAAAUCAAGGAAUCUCUUGGUGCCGAGCUGGGCGCUGUCGACUCCACGCCUACAGACGUUGGUAUUGACGCCAAGGAGGAGGAUAAGAUAACUGGCGACGUCUUCGGCGACGACGAGAGUGAUCCCACUCCCUACGAUCCCGAGACGGAUCCGGAGGAAGUAGUGGCGGAUUCUGAGGCUGGACAUAUGGAACUUGACACUGAGGAGGCAGAGCAUGAGUUGGCGGAGGAGCAAGAAGAUGAAGAGCCACAGGAGAAGCCUAAGAAGAAGAAGUCGAAGCCAGUGAUUCCCAUGGUACAUGUCUGGAUGCCGCUGGAGUUUCCAGAUUUACCUGCGAAGGGUGAAUUUGAUGUCACAGUGCUCAAGGACAGUCAAUAUUUCUUCUCAUGAUCUCCCCCAAACGUUAAAAAGCGGUUUUGUUUGCGGUGUAUUAUAUCUUUUUGGGGUGUAACGGGAUUUGCAUUUGUAUUUUGAUUUCGUUCGUAUCGUGUACUAUACUAGGAUGUGUGUAUUGAUGAGUAGGAGGAGGAGGAGGGGAGGGGAUAGAAGUUGCUUUUGUAUAUAUCAUAGACCGACUACAUGCAUGGGUGGUGGUGGGUGGUGGGCGGUAAAUUCUAGAUCUCC